AUGGUAUACUAUCUGAUUGGUGCUCCUCACAAGUCUAACGAAUAGACGGCUUGGUUGGAGACGGAGAAACACGUUCUGACUUCUGGAAUAUCGAGAUAAGCUAAGGGGAGAAUUUUGCAGACAGAGAUAGGAAAAUUCAAGUUGGGGAAUUUGGAUCACUUGAUGUUCAUCAAUGAUAGUUUGUUGAAAUAGGAAUCAGUUGUGGAGAGUUUGCUUAAGAAGAUUGAGAGAUAGUAUUUGGAUGUCACAGAGAAGGUUAGUUAUGACUUCAUAAUUGAAUUGAAAGAGGGUCCAUAGAGCAUUGAGAAUUUUUUAUUCUAAUUCAAAUGGAAUGACCAAACCUUCCCAAGAGCAUCAGCAUUAAGCGAAUUAGUCAAGGCAAUUUCAUCCAGAGCAACCCAUGUGGAGACAGAUUUGAGACAAAAAUCAACCAGUUAUUAAGAAUUGAAGAAUCAGAGUUAACAAGUGGCAAGGAAGGAAGGAAAUCUAAUGGUGAGGGACUUGGUCGAUGUCCUAAAGGAACCCAUAGUCAAACCAAGGGAUUUCAUUUACAGCGAUUAUCUAACAACUUUGGUGGCUAUAGUACCAAAGACAUAGAUUUAGGAAUGGUUAGCUUGUUAUGAAUUUUUAUGUGAAAAUGUUGUGCCAUAAUCAGCAAGAUAAUUCUAAAUUGAAGAUAAAGAUAAUUUGACAAUUUGGAGAGUGGUGAUCGUUAGGCAAUCUUUCGAUAAGGAUCACGACAUCGAAGUUGCUGAUAAAGGUGAUGAUGACAAGGGAAAGAAGUAGAGGUAAACUCCAGUCGAGGAAUUCAUUUAAAAGGCAAGAGAUAAAUUGAGAAUUACUGUUAAAGAAUUUGAAUACAAAUCAUAGGAAUCAAAAGAAAGAGAAAAAUUGAGAUUGGAUCUCAAGUCCAAAUCAGAUCACAUGAAUACUACAUUAAAAUAAGCAUGCGAAAAAGCAUUUAGUGACUUAUACAUUACGUAUAUGCAUUUGAAGGUUCUCAGAUUAGUUGUGGAUAUUGCUAUGAGAUUUGGAGCAGCUGAACCAAAUAUUUAAUGCAUCCUUAAACCAGAUCAAGGAAAAGAGAAGAAGGUUCAAUAAUCCCUUUUGAAAUUGUUUGCUGAUCCUUCUCAAGUAGGGUUAUAUGGAACGAAAGAAGAAUUAGAGGACACUGAGGAUUUCUUCCCAUUUGUGUAUGUUCCAAUUAACAUUCCAUGAAAUCUAAUUUUAGGAAUGGAGAUUUAUCCAAAUACAAAAACAAUUAUUUGCAAUUUAAUUAAAUAAAA